AUGGAAGUUGUUGAGACUUGUGGAGAAGGAACUCUUUCUUCUGCAAAGCCUUCCAACAUACUUAGUAUUACAUCAAUUUAUGAUGAUGAUGAAGUUGUGGGUUUUGAGAAAGAUUCAGCUUUUAUAAUGAAGAAAUUGACACAAGGAAAGGAGCGGGAUGUUAUCUCCAUCUAUGGAAUGCCUGGACUCGGUAAAACAACUUUGGCAAGAAAGGUAUACUGCAAUCCCGAUAUUGUUUAUCACUUUGAUGUUAAAGCAUGGUGUGCUGUGUCGCAAGCAUAUAAUAGGAGGAUGUUAUUGACUGAGAUUUUCAAACAAGUAACAAAUGCUGAUAGCGAAAUCGAAGAGGACGAUAUCAUAGCUGACAUGUUGCGCAAGAGUCUAAUAGGAAAGAGAUACCUUAUCGUGUUAGAUGACAUUUGGGAUGUCGAGGCAUGGGAAGAUUUGGAAAAAUGUUUUCCUCAGGGUGAAUAUGGAAGCAAAGUAAUGGUCACAACACGAAUUGAACAAGUGGCUAAGCAACUUCAGCACCACGGUGAUCCUUAUUAUCUUACAUUUCUAGAGCCCGAAGAGAGUUGGAAAUUAUUGGAGAAGAAGGUAUUUCGAAGAGAGAGUUGUCCCCCGGAUCUACAGGAAGCAGGGUUACAAGUCGCCACACACUGCAAAGGAUUGCCUCUUGUGGUUGUCCUGGUUGCUGGAAUUAUUGCAAAAAUGGAAAGGAAGGCAUCCUUGUGGCUUGACGUUGCCAAUGACUUGAGUUCCAUUGCUUUAGGAGAGCAGAGCAUGAAGGUAAUACAAUCCAGUUAUGACCAUUUAGAAGACCACUUGAAGUGUUGCCUUCUUUACAUGGGAUUGUUCCCAGAGGACCAUAAGAUUCCAGUGGAUGAUCUGCUGAAGUUGUGGAUGGCUGAAGAGUUUGUAUUGAAUGCCGAAAGAGAGAACAUGGAGGAAGCAUCUCUAAUUUGCUUGAGCGAUUUGCUGAACAGAAGCCUAAUAAUGGUCUCCGGAAUGAGAAUUAAUCGUGAUGUAGAAUACUGCUCACUUCAUGAUGUAGUGCGUGAGUUCUGCUUGAGAAAACUCACAGAAGUCACUUAUAUGCAUUCCAUGGAAUCACGGUUAUGCAUUUAUAUUCAUGAUGAUCUUGUUAAACAAUUAGAUCAUUCUGAAUACAAGCUGGAUAGGAUUCCAAUGCUCAAUUUCACAGAAACAAAUUCUUUGGAGUUCAUUGUUCAUCCAAAAUACAAUGCAUGGAAUAACCAAUAUUCAAAUCCUUUAGAUUUACUUGUUAAAUUAAGAUUUGUUCGGGCAUUGCAUUUGAUGGAUGUGGAAUUGCCAAAUUCAUGGGCUACUGCUAUGGAAUCGCUAACUCAGUUGAGGUACCUUGCACUUUUUGUCAAACAUUUUGAAUUGAAGUGGAUAUCACACCUACACCAUCUCCAAACUCUACAGCUCAAGUCAUACAAGAAGUUACACCUAAAGGCUGCUACUUUAUGGGAAAUGAAGAAGCUAAGGCAUAUGAAUAUAGACAGUUUUUCGGUGGUAUGGGAAGACAUUAAUGACGAAGGAAAAUGUUCAACAACUAUGCUAAAGAACAUGAAGACUAUUCACACUUGCAAUAUAUUGUUGGAUAAUAGGAAUCCAAGGUUCUGGUGGAGGUUUCCAAAUCUUGAAGAGCUCAGCUUCUGCAUUAACGGUUUACCUAGUUGUUCCUUGUUUCCCUUACAGCAAGUUCAUACUCGCCUUCAUUCUCUUUUUGUGCAGUUACCUGACCAUAUUUUCUGGAAUACAUAUGGAUGGGAGAGCUAUUUUGUGUUCCCUCCAAAUCUUAGGCAUCUGUGCCUUACUGGCUGUUUCUUGACAGAGGAAAUGGUUUUAAACAUUGCAAGAUUGAAGAAGCUUGAGACUCUCAGAUUAGAGAUGGGAUUUCGUUGGACGAGACGUGGGGGUUAUUGCUGGGACAUCACAAAUGUGGAGUUUCCGGCACUCAAAUACUUGACAUUAUUCAGUAUGCAGAUAGUUGAAUGGAAAGCCUCAGAUGAUUCCUUUCCUGUGCUUGAGGAGCUAUCUAUAGAGUCUGCUCAAUACUUCAAGGAGAUCCCCCCUAGCUUUGCGGAUAUUCCAACACUAAGACUUAUUCAACUGACUAACUGCAUCGACUCUCUAGGGGUUUCAGCUAUGAAUAUCAAAAGACACAUGGAUGAAAUGGCAGGAAAUGACCGUCUCCAAGUUGUUAUAAAACGUAUUUAAAAGCUGCCCUAUUUCCACUUCUGUACUGUACAAAUUAUGUCUCCCUGUCAUAACUUGUGAUCAACAUAAUUUUUCCAAUAAGGCAGAAGUUUGUGAAUCAUUU